AAAGACAAUAUUACUGAAGACAAGAUAAAAGAGAAUAUGCAAACUUUGAAGACAAAGCUCAUUAGUAGUAAGUCUUAUUAUGCACCCAAUUUACAAAGAAAAUUAGAUGAUAUUGAAGCUUCUGACCUUUCAUGGGGGAUCUGCUUGGAAGCUGUGUACUUUGGUGAACCUGCGAGGCAUAUGGAGGUGUCCAUAAAAAAGAUGUGUAUUAAUCUCGUGGAAAACUACAACUAUGAUAGUGCCAAGGUUUCACUAUUCAAACUUACACAUGAUAUGAGUUGGAAGGAAAGAGUUGAUACACUCCAUGGAGUUACGAAGAGGAUUUUAAACACAUUGGAAGAAGUCUGGGACAAUCCAAGAAAUUUGCCAGUUCGCAAAGCAAGGGGACAUGAAGGCGAUUUUGGCAUUGUUGGAAUCCAAUUUGCUGGAAAGAUGCUUCAUUUAUUUAUUCUUAUUCGAGGUGAAGAUGAAUUUCAUCGUUUAUACUGCUUAUGCUCAGUUGAAAUUCCAAUACAACAUACUGUGAAAACUGAAAAGCUGGUUGAGUUUGUGGAAAAGGCCGCAAGUGGAAAUAGUGAGAACAGUUCAACGGUUUCUUCACCAUAG